CAAAAGCUACACACAACUCAUUUGAUAUACGUUUAUGUGUUUGCUACAAAAGAUUCGUAUCUAAUGAAAAUUUGUGUGUGAGCCGGCCGAGAAUGUAUGGCGACGUGUCAUUUCAAUUUUAGAAAAAUUAAAUUGUUGAGAAAAAAACACACAUAAUUGCUGUGAAAAAAUUGAACGAAACAAAAUAAAAUUAAAAUUCGUUGUUUUUUAUUCGACGUUCAUUUUGUAAAAGAACGAACACAGCAGACUGAAUUCAAGAACAACUUGUACUUCAAUGAAUUCAGCUUAGUAAAUAUACCGAGAUAUUUAGGAGGCAUAAAAAAUAUUUUGUACACGGACAAUGAAGACGUCGAAAAGUAUAGUAAUCAAUCGGAAGGCAGCCGGCUGGAGUAGCUUAAUUACUUUUGCUGUGUUGAUGCUAGCAUGGAUAUCAGGUUUUGCAUCACGUUUAUUUGCUGUCAUUCGAUUCGAGAGUAUUAUUCAUGAAUUCGAUCCAUGGUUUAACUAUCGUGCAACAGCGUAUAUGGUUGAGCGUGGAUUUUACCAAUUUUUGAAUUGGUUUGAUGAACGAGCAUGGUAUCCACUUGGACGUAUUGUUGGUGGCACCGUUUAUCCUGGCUUGAUGAUUACAUCUGGUGGCAUUCAUUGGCUGUUACAUACAUUGAACAUUCCCGUACACAUUCGUGAUAUUUGCGUAUUUCUUGCGCCAAUAUUUAGUGGGUUGACUGCAAUUUCAACAUAUUUAUUGACAAAAGAACUUUGGUCACCGGGUGCUGGUCUAUUUGCAGCUAGUUUUAUUGCAAUUGUACCUGGUUACAUAAGCCGAUCAGUGGCUGGUUCAUAUGACAAUGAAGGCAUUGCUAUUUUUGCGCUUCAAUUCACCUACUAUUUGUGGGUGAAAUCGGUAAAAACGGGCUCCGUAUUCUGGGCAGCAAUGGCUGCACUCUCCUAUUUCUACAUGGUUUCAGCAUGGGGCGGAUACGUUUUUAUUAUCAAUUUAAUUCCAUUGCAUGUAUUUGUAUUGUUGCUCAUGGGACGUUAUUCACCACGUUUAUUCACCAGCUAUACAACAUUUUACAUUUUGGGCUUAUUAUUUUCAAUGCAAAUUCCAUUCGUUGGUUUCCAACCGAUUCGAACAAGUGAACACAUGGCCGCAUCGGGUGUAUUUGCAUUGAUUAUGGCCGUUGCAUUGUUAAAACAUUUACAAACCAUUCUGUCGAAGCAAGAGUUUAAAAAAUUAUUCAUCAUUGGUGCAUUGGUAGCAGCCGCUCUUGUUUUUGGCGUUGUCGUUAUACUGACUCUGUGUGGCGUCGUUGCUCCAUGGAGCGGUAGAUUCUAUUCGCUUUGGGAUACAGGCUAUGCCAAAAUCCAUAUUCCAAUUAUUGCAUCGGUGUCAGAACAUCAACCGACCACAUGGUUUUCGUUCUUUUUCGAUUUGCAUAUUUUGGUGUGCACAUUCCCCGUUGGCAUUUGGUAUACCAUCAAACGCAUCAACGACGAACGUGUUUUUGUCAUUUUGUAUGCCAUCAGCGCGGUCUAUUUUGCCGGUGUUAUGGUUCGUUUGAUGCUUACACUUACACCGGUUGUUUGCAUUUUGAGCGGCAUCGCAUUCUCUGGCCUACUCGAUGUUUUCUUGCGCGAAGACAAUUUACCGGAAAAAUCACAAAAAGAAGAUGUUGAUGAACAACCAACAGAGAAAAAACAAUUAUACGAUCGGGCUGGAAAAUUGAAACAUCGUCCAAAACACGAAACGGCACAUGACUCAAAUGGCGGCAUUGGAUCAAAUUUAAAGAGUAUUGUUGUUGUCGCCAUUUUAAUGCUCUUGAUGAUGUUCGCUGUACAUUGUACAUGGGUUACAAGCAACGCAUACUCUAGUCCAUCGAUUGUGCUGGCAUUCUACAAUGGCAAUGAUGGAACACGUAACAUUUUGGACGAUUUCCGUGAGGCAUAUUAUUGGUUAUCACAAAAUACGGCCGAUGAUGCACGUGUAAUGUCAUGGUGGGAUUAUGGUUACCAGAUAGCGGGAAUGGCGAAUCGAACGACGCUGGUCGAUAAUAAUACGUGGAAUAAUAGUCACAUUGCAUUGGUGGGCAAGGCGAUGUCAUCACCCGAAGAUAAGGCCUAUGAAAUAAUGACGUCACUCGAUGUUGACUAUGUGCUUGUGAUUUUUGGUGGUGUUAUCGGUUACUCUGGUGAUGAUAUAAAUAAAUUCUUGUGGAUGGUUCGUAUUGCUGAAGGUGAACAUCCAAAAGAUAUUCGAGAAAGUGAUUUCUUCACCGAACGCGGUGAAUUCCGUAUCGAUUCCGAAGGUGCACCAGCAUUAUUAAACUGUUUAAUGUACAAAUUGAGCUACUAUCAAUUCGGUGAUUUAAAAUUGGAUUAUCGUGGCCCAUCCGGAUAUGAUCGUACCCGUAACGCAGUCAUUGGCAAUAAAAACUUUGAUCUUACUUAUUUGGAAGAGGCAUACACCUCAGAGCAUUGGCUAGUCCGAAUUUAUCGAGUUAAAAAACCACAUGAAUUUAAUCGACCAAAUAUCAAACCAAACGACCGCGUUGUACCAUCUGGUGACUACGUAUCGAAAAAGACUGUUAAACGACGAAAGGGUAUCAUUGAUCGACCAACUGUCGUCAAAGGGAAGCGACCUGUGAAAUAAACACUUACCAUCCCGAGAAAAAUAAGAUCAACAUAUUAAACACAAUUUUUUAUUUAGAAUUUUUCAAUAAUUUAUGAUUGCAUAAAUGUUUAACGAUAGAUGGUUUGAUGAGAUUGACAAAUAGUUAAAAAAAAAA